AGAGCACAUUUUUUUUUUGAAAAAUAUAAAAAAACACAGGUUUCAGUUAAUAAUUUAACUUUUUUACGUAUAUUUUUUUAAACUAAUUUGAUGCAUUAAAUUAAAUGUAACUGAUAUGGUUUUCAGGCCAUACGUAUAUUUAACUAUGUGACUGAGCAUUAUCAUUAGUUUGAGUAUAUAAUUUAUUCUUCUUCUGAAUAUGUUAGAUAUGCUAAAUAAACCAUUACAAAUAAAUUAUAACAGGUGCGUUUGAAUUUGAAAUUAGUUAUUAUUGUAUAAUACCAUAGUAUAUAUAAAAUAAUAACACAGAAAUGAAAUAAUAUGAAUACAUAUGCGGGAUUUGUUACGACGAGAAAAUGGGACGCACGUCUGUCUCACGCACGAACCAUGCAAUAUACUCCAUAUACUUUGUCAUCUCCAUUACACUAAGUUAUCAUGUGCUAAAUUAUUACAGGUAUAUUAUUCAAAGUGAAAUAAUAAUAUAAGAUAGUCAUCUAUUAUGAGUUGCAGUUAAUCGUGUACACUACAUGGGGAUUAAGCUAAACUCCAACCAUGUGAUAAUUGGUCAAAAAAAUAAACGGUCGACACAAAGAUAAAAUAAAAUUUUCAAUAGAGGCGUUACAAGACCGACCAUAGAUUAAUUUAAAAUAAUACUUAUAAUCAUAUACGUUGAACAUUCACUCGUAUCUCAUCUAAAAUCAAGAUCUUUUCAUAAAAUUAAAAACUUCAUCAAAUUAAUCAGUAUCAAAUUUUUAAUUCUUACUUAAACAAUCCUGGUUUUAACAAAUACUUAUAAAUUUACGUUGAGAUCUCUAACGAUGAAAUUAGGAUAUAUAUAUAGUUUAUUUUAUUUGUUUGGGAAACGAAAAAGAUAAAUAAAUCAUUGGUAAAUCUGCAAUUAUUAAUAAAAAAUUAAAUUAUCAAAUAAAAAAUUAUAUUUUGAUUGAAAAUUAGUAUACUCCAUAUAUAUAUUAGCCAACAAGAAAACAAUAUAAUAGUAGCAAAUAGACAAAUAGUUGAACAUCUCUUAAAGAGGUAUUUCCUCAUAAUAAUAACCACAACACUUGUUGAAGCCAAGGAAAAGCCAACCUUCAUCAUGUCUGGACCAUAAGAUCAUUCGUUCUUUUUUCAUCCAACGGUCCACAUUACUCCCUUUCUCCGAUCACCGGCUUCUUCACCUGAAAAGUUCCACAAGAGAGAGAGAGAGAGGGUUUCGGAAUCAACCGGAGGGAAAUGAGUUUCUAACGUUCGUUUAAAUUUUGCUUUAAACGGUUCAAAACUUCAAAACGAAUUGCAGAAGAAGAAGCUUUAAAGAAAAAAAAAACAGAUCAAGAACAGAGAGAGAGAAAUAGAGAGAUUACUCUGUUUUCAGCUAAAAAGAAAAAAAAAAAAGAUGGAGAAUUUGUCGAAUCCAGAUGAAAACGAAGACGCCAGUUAUCAUCAAUCACCACGAUCCAUUGACCAAAAUGAUCAAUCAGCAUCAGAAACUCCGGUUUACUCGAGCAUGAGCAUAGACUCCUUUGUUUACCCUCGGACAUGUUCGGAGAGUACUUCAGGCUUUUCAGACCAAAUAGAUCAUGAAACCAACAGCUUCUGUAGUGACGCUUCCCCCUCUGACUGGCCUGUCCUAACGGAAUCCAAGAGCUCCAAAUGUCUCUCUACUGGUUUAGAUAUGCAAUCAAAUGAAAAUCUUCAAGUCCAAGAAAUCUCAGAAGCAGAGCUAGAGACAAUGAAGGAAAGAUUCUCAAAGCUACUGCUUGGAGAAGAUAUGUCAGGAAGUGGCAAAGGAGUUUGCACUGCAGUCACCAUCUCUAACGCUAUUACCAAUCUUUAUGCUACAGUGUUUGGACAGAAUCUGAGGUUAGAGCCGUUAGAAACAGAGAAGAGAGCAUUGUGGAAAAGAGAAAUGAAGUGUCUUUUAUCGGUAUGCGAUUACAUAGUUGAGUUCAUCCCUAGAUGUCAGAGUCUAAGCAAUGGAACUACUGUUGAGGUGAUGGAGAGUAGACCAAGAGCAGAUAUCUAUAUCAACUUACCUGCCUUGAGAAAGCUAGAUUCUAUGCUUAUGGAAGCAUUGGAUAGUUUUCAGAACACAGAGUUUUGGUAUGCAGAAGAAGGAAGUCUAUCGAUGAAAUCUGCACGUUCUGCCACUGGAUCAUUCAGGAAAGUUAUAGUACAGAGGAAAGAAGAGAAAUGGUGGCUACCAGUUCCUCUUGUUCCUCCAGAAGGUUUGUCAGAUAUAGCCAGAAAACAACUCAAGAACAAGAGAGAGAGUACUAAUCAGAUUCACAAAGCUGCAAUGGCUAUCAACAGUAGCAUCCUCAGUGAAAUGGAGAUUCCAGACUCUUACAUGGCUACUCUCCCAAAGUGUGGUAAAAGCAGUGUUGGUGAUUCAAUCUACCGCUACAUGAGUGGUUCGGGUCGGUUUUUCCCAGAGAAACUCUUAGAUUGUCUGAACAUAGCAUCUGAGCAUGAAGCUGUUCAGUUGGCAGAUAGAGUAGAGGCUUCAAUGUACACUUGGAGACGCAAAGCUUGUCUUAGUAACUCUAAGAACUCAUGGAACCUGGUGAAAGAUCUUAUGUCAACUACAGAGCGAACAGACAAGAACUAUGUUAUGGCUGAGAGAGCAGAGACUCUGCUCUUCUGUUUGAAACAGCGUUAUCCAGAACUAUCUCAGACAUCAUUAGAUAUAUGCAAGAUUCAGUACAAUAAGGAUGUAGGAAAAGCAGUGUUGGAGAGCUAUUCAAGGGUACUUGAAGGCUUAGCUUUCAACAUAGUUGCUUGGAUUGAUGAUGUUCUCUAUGUAGACAAAACCAUGAGCGGUAGUGAAUAAGUUUUUAAGAUUUCCGUCUGAGGUUUUCUGUGUUUUUUCGUUUCCUUCUGUAAAUUAAAAUCAAUGGAAAAAUCUUGAAAAAUGCAUACA